CUAGAAAGCAAAAUAUCAAUUUCGCUCGAUCUCCAAAAUAUCCAUUUCCAUCAAUGCAACAGAAUUUGUUCAAAAAGGAACACGUACUCGCCACUUCUUUCAUCUCAACGUGACACAUCGUGAAGCUGGCAUCACGUCGACAUGGGUUUGCCCCCCCUGCUUCCUCAUCAUCAAUAUCUAAAUCUCCGGAAUUUAGUAAUAAUGACUUCUAGGUCAACUGAUGCAGACCAUACCCUUUUGUAGUUUUACUAAUUCACUACCAUUAACAAUUGUUCAUCAAUCAUUUCUUUUGUUGCUCCAAAAACCUCUCUCUCGAGUCUCGAUAUCCCUCUUCUUCCCGAUACCCACUCAUUAUUGCAUAAUUUUAACAAUUUAUUUGAUUCAAUGCCAUUCAUAUAUGCAUUGUUUGCAUAAUUCUUCGAUUUGUGUCUGAUGGGUAAUUGGCAAUUUUCUUCGUGGAAUUUGAGAUCCCUUUUCAAUUCUAGGAAUUCCGCAGAAACCUCUCAGAAUGCAUCAAGCAAGAAGCAAGACAUUUCAACCGAUAAAGAUCCGUUUUAUCAUCUUUAUUCUCCUUUAGUAAAUGAAAAGAAGGCUGAGAGUAGAAUGAGAAAUGGACAGCUUGGAACUCAUACCAUGAGAUCUCAUGGAUUUAUGGUUGCAAAAACUCACAUGCAUGAUUGGUUGAUUCUUCUACUACUUGCAAUUCUAAUGAUUGUUUUAAAUUGUAUCCAUCCGUUUUAUCGUUAUGUUGGAAAAGAUAUGAUGACAGAUCUUAAGUACCCGUUGCAGGAUAACACUGUUCCAAUUUGGUCAGUUCCCGUAUAUGCAAUCUUGUUUCCAUUGGCUAUCUUUUUGGCUUUCUAUUUCCGUAGAAGAGAUGUCUACGAUCUUCAUCAUGCCACAUUAGGGAUUUUAUUCUCAGUAUUGAUAACCGGUGUUAUAACGGAUGCUAUAAAAGACGCGGUUGGGCGACCUCGCCCCGACUUUUUCUGGCGAUGUUUUCCAGAUGGAAAAGAUUUUUAUGAUCAAUUAGGAAACGUAAUAUGUCAUGGCGAUAGCAAAGUUGUAAGAGAAGGCCACAAGAGUUUCCCAAGUGGACAUACUUCAUGGUCUUUCUCGGGUCUUGGAUUUUUGUCGCUAUAUUUAUGUGGAAAAGUAAGAGUGUUUGAUAGAAAAGGGCACAUUGCAAAACUAUGUGUGGUUUUUUUGCCUUUACUUGUUGCAUCACUUGUUGGGAUUUCUCGUGUGGAUGAUUAUUGGCAUCAUUGGCAAGACGUAUUUGCCGGAGGUCUUAUAGGUAUGACAGUGGCCACAUUUUGCUACUUGCAAUUUUUCGCACCACCGUAUCAUGCCGAAGGUUGGGGACCUUAUGCAUUUUUUCGGGCUUUAGAGGAGUCUAGACCUACGAUUGUUGAAACAAACGUGCUUUGUGAAGAAAUUGAAGAAUUGGAUAAUAAUCCUGAUUUGGGGUUGAAUGAUCUUGAAAUCGGCAUUAGGUAGUUUGCUAUAUUUUGCAAUGUUUAGAAAUUUAGAUUUUUCUUUCAUUUUUUUUUUUGCUACAAAUUGGUAUAGUUAUGAUUGUUUGUAUUGAUUUCCACAAGAUUUGUUUGGUUUGCAAAGAAAUAAGGAGCGUUGAUUAAUGGUUAAAUAGUUAA